AUGAAUCUGACUAUCGUUGAAACUCUUGAGGGUGUAAUGGAUAAAUUACAUUACCAUGUACUAGGCGGGUUGGAUACUCUUUUUGGGUUUGGCAAUUUAUAUCCUAUAUUUGAGUUAAACUUAACCCAAGAAUAUAAUUUGAACAAUUUGUUCUUCAUUAGAUAA